GCAGAACACAACAUCAAGUAAUUUACAUUUAAUUCACCAACCUCCACAAAAAAUCCUUCAGACCGUCCUUCCCAUUUACUUCCUACCCACAUCCUCAUUUCAUUACUUCAAAAUACAACCAUGAACGUAUGCCGUUUCCCCCCCUCUUAUCUCCCUCUACCAAACUAACCAUCCUCCUCAGAUCGUCGAAUGGGCUUUUGGAAAGCGCAUGACGCCAGCCGAGCGCCUGCGAAAACAUCAACGAUCACUGGAGAAAACGCAACGGGAACUCGAUCGCGAGCGCAUGAAGCUAGAAAAUCAGGAGAAGAAAUUGAUUCAGGAAAUUAAGAAAAGUGCGAAGAAUGGACAGAUGGGAGCGGCUAAAAUUCAGGCGAAGGAUUUGGUGAGGACGAGGAGAUAUGUUGAGAAGUUUUAUAGUAUGAGGACACAGUUGCAGGCGAUUAGUUUGAGGAUUCAGGUAUGUUUUGGAAGGGAGAGGGAGGGAAGGGGUGUUGUUUGGGGAAUUGGGGAACGUAGGAGGAAUGGAGGCAUGUGAUAGGAUGAUGGCUAAUUACUUGGGUGAUUAGACGGUUCGAACGAAUGAGCAGAUGAUGCAGGCGAUGAAAGGGGCGACGGGAGUUCUAGGAAGUAUGAACAGAAGCAUGAAUCUACCUGCAUUACAGAGAAUCGCUAUGGAAUUCGAGAAUGAUAUUAUGGAUCAGAGGCAAGAAAUGAUGGAUGAUGCGAUUGAUGAUGUAACGGGAUUGGAAGAUGAGGAAGAAGGAGAGGAGAGAUCUUGGAGAGAUUGGGAUUGAUUUGAAAGCUGCGAUGGGUGAGACUCCUCAGGGAUUGCAGAGUUCGAUGGUUCCUGAGGGGAGGGUUGGUGGCGGUGGGGUGGGGGUGGGGGUUCCUGGGUGAUGAUGAUUUGCAGGCGAGACUUGAUAGUUUGAGGAGGGAUUGAUGAGGGAGUGCUUGUUUGUUUGUUUGUUUGUUUGUUUGUUCGUCUGAGGAGGGAUUGAGGAGGGAUUGGUUAGGAAGUGGAAAUCCAUCCAUCGAGAGGAGGAUCAUAAGCAAAUCGACAUCUGCAAGAAGAGAAAACCAUUUAUUGCCAUCAAAGCUGAAAUGGGAAGGAUACAUUGUAUUCGUUAAAUAGUAGACUCACGACUUUUAUAUCGGCGUUAGUUACAGAGUGUGUGGGAGGCGUUUCCAUUCAUGUAUCUAUCUAUUUCCUUGGAGAUUUGUGGAUUGGGGCAUCAGAAAUUCACAUCGUCUUCACUAAAUGCACAUGGGAGGGAAGGGAAAGGGAAGGGAAGCUUAGGAGUUUUGGGAGUAUCGCUUUUAUUUUUUGUUAUUUGGUGUUUUCGUACAGU